CGCGGGCGGGGGCGGUGGGUGGGGGGGGGUGGGUGCAACAUUUCUACCCUAUACACUUCAACACUCCUUUCAGAUCGUGUUUCACAAAAGGUUUGUGAGCCUCUUGUACGUCUUAUCAAAUUGUCGUAAGUUUUUCAAGGGCUUAUACCAAUUUAAUAGAAGCUUUAAGGGUAUAUUAAAUUGGCAUAAACUCUUGGAGAGUUGAUGAGAUCGGCAUAAACUUUAAAAAAGAUUACAAAAGUUCGAUGAGGAAUUUAUUAGACUAAUAAACUCUUUCGUGGGAUUAAUUAUUGUACCUUUUUUAGUGUCCAAUUGUAUGAUGAAAAUUAACAAUAACAGGCAUUCUUUUGUUAAGACAAUAUAAAAAACAAUGCUUUCUAUGUCAUCAUUACGUCAUCAUUACGUCAUCAUUAGUGUUUACGAUCUAAAAUAUACACAAUUGUUAUUUUCUUUUUUUUUCUUUUUCGUCCUCAACACGGCAAAAACGUCAUUAUCCUAUCUCUUUUUUGCCGUAUUCAGAACAACAAAAUAAGAGUAAAAAUAAUAAUAAUUGCAUAUAUCUUAGAUUGUAAACACUAAUUUUGGUAUCUUGUUGACAUCGAAAACUUUGCUUCUUUAUAUUGCCUUAAUAAAGGAAUGCCUAUUGUUGGUAAUCUACUUCAUAUAAUUUUUAUCAUUUGUUAACUAUUUCUCGACAACGACCAAUGUAUCAUUUACACUAUUCAUGAAGAGACUACUCUUUCGAAAGACAUACCUUUGCUCGUUAUAAUCCCGCAAAAAUUUUGUUUGUGCACAACUAAAGUAACACUGUAAUUUAUCGAUGUCGCACGCUGAUUGAAAGAAUACACUUGUUUUGCAUAUGUAUAUAUACGUCGUACAAUGAGCUUAGCUGAGUGCAUUCAAGCGUUAACUGCAUACUAUGCUUAUAUUCGAAAGUAUUACUUUCAUUUUGCUUGUUCUAUGCUCCUCAUAAAUCGUCCUCAUUCAUAUUAGUAUACAGCCAAUCCAAAAAUAACAAAUCUGUGCACGAUAUUUUUCGUAUUCAGUACGUUUUUUUCGCCGUCGUCAAACAGCAUGAAGUAAACAUCGGGAAUCAUUGCACAUGUUAUGUAGGUAGAUAUAGCGUUGUCAUCUAUAUCUUCGUUUGUAUAGCUGCUCCCAGUAUCCAAUCCAGAUUUAAUCGUGGUCUUAAUACACGUCCUGACUUCAGAAACUGUCUUGGUACCUUUCCCAAAUGCAGUGAUUGUCGCACCUAUCGUCACAACUUCAAUCAUAGUAUUAGUACGAGUCCUUGUUUUAUUUAUGGUCCUGGUACCUAUACCGAUUUCAUUAACAGCUCUGGCACAUGUUUGACUUCAUUCAGAGUUUCAGCUGGAUUGAUAAUACAGAUAUCUGUCCAGUAUUCAGUGCCGGUUUCAGCAAUGAUUCACGCAUCGGUAGCAGUCUUUACGUGAUCAGCUCUUUGAUUGAGAAUCCAGCUAGUCGUACCAGCCUCAUUGACAGUCUCAUAAGUCAUGUAGCUUCUGGAAUGGUCCCGCCAUACAUACCAAUUUCACUAACUUCCUCUUCUCCAUACAGGUUACAUUGAUGGUCCAGAAGUCAUUUCAGCUUCAGAAACGAUCCCAAUAUCCAUAAUGCUUUCAUUCAGGACUUCAGCAUCUGUUCCAGCUUCAUUGGCAGUUGCGAUACUCUUCUAUUACUUAAUUUCACUUCCGACGCUGCACCUAGCUUUACUGACAGUUCCAAUUCUAAACCUGAUGCUAGUAAGACUCCUGUAACACGUAACGGCUUCCUUUAUGGCUCCGCACCUUGCCAGAUUCCAUCGAGAGUUGCGGUAUUCGUAACGGAUUUACUGGUGGUCCCAGCAUGCCACUCGCCUUUAGUGAUGUCUCUCGGUAUUCGUUAAGCUAGCUGUGAUGAUUCCGCACCCCUUCAGAUUCGAUUGAUGGCCUGAAAGCCAUGUUGCCUUGUGAAACUGUUUCAGUACUAGUGCUGAUUUCAUUCACGAAUUGCGCCUCACUAUGUAUUUCACUAACAGUUUUGACACAUAUUCCUGCAACGGGCUGAAUUCUUGGACAAUUCCAGCCUCUUGUCUGUCUUCUUAGAUGGUUCCCGCAUUCAUAACGAUUUGAUGAACAGAUGCUGCACCCGCUCAGAUUUCAUUACCGGCGCCAGCUCAGGUCACAGCUUGUGAAACGGUCCUACUACACAAAGCUGUUUGAUUAACAGUCUCUUCGCCGCUCCAAGUUUCAUUGAUGAUGAUACUGCUAUUCGUAGAUCCAAUAAUGAUCCUGGAACUAAUGUCUGCGCCAGAGUUAAAGAAUGGUGGGUGUAAAUUGAAUAAAUCAACAACGGCAAGAGCUAGCAACCUGUGGUUUUCACCAAUAGAAAGAGGAAACUGGGAGACGUAUUUUUUCAUGAUAUUGUUUCGGACAAACUGUUUUAGACAUUGUUAUUUCUGGAAAUCUUUUCUGAGAACACGUACAGAUGGUAUGCCUAUAUAAUGAACUUUUAUUUUGAUAUUCUCAUUAGAUAGAGGGACUUCAGAUCUAUAGGUCAAGAUACAAUGCACUUUCUUACGUUUCAUUACAUUUUCAUCGAAAUGUCAAAGUAUUAUGAUAAAAAGUCCGAAAACUUAGUCAAAAAUCAGCAAAAUUCCCUAUUAUCUGCAUAUGUAAAUGCAUGAUUCUAUUUACUCAACGUCAGAAUGUAAUAACAGAACCAUUUGCAUUGUAUUUUAAACUAUAGAACUGAAGUCCCUCUAUCGAAUGAGAAUAUCAAAAUAAAAAUUCCUUGUAUUGGCAUACCAUCUGUACGUGUUCUCAGAAAAGAUUUCCAGAAGUAACAGUUUCCAAAACAGUUUUGUCCGAAACAAUAUCGUGAAAAAAUACGUCCCCCAGUCUCCUCUUUCGAUUGGUAAAAACUACAGGUCACUAGUUCUUACCGUUGUUGAGUUAUUCAAUUUACACCUACCCCUCUUUAAUUCUGGCGCAGACAUUAGUGCCCUGCGGGAAUAACUUUUCUCGAUUCCCGUUUACCGUUCCCAUUUCCGCUCUCGUAAGACUUUCAGAAUUGUUCCUAUUUCGAUUUCAUCUUUCGUGUUUCGAAAAACUAUCAUUAUCUGAUACUAUUUUCUCGCGACAUCAUGCUUUUCACAAUGUAACACGGCGUAAAUUAAAAAUAAAUUUGGGAUUGGGCGUUGAUCUGACAAAUGAUAUAACUGAGGUUUUCUAUUUUAAAAAGUUUCAUUUUGAUUUAUUUUUUUAAUAUUAAUUUGCUGAAUUUUAUCUACAUUCAUUUUAGUGAAUAUUGUCUAUAUAAACUCAAUAAAUAUUGACUACAAUUAUUUUUUGGUGAAUUUUAUCUAUAUUAGUUUGGUGAAUCUUAACAAUAUUCAAUUUCACAAAUGUCUCCAACAAAUUCCACAAAAUCAACGUUAUCAAAAGCUGAAAACCAAGAUUUAGUUAUCCUUUACUGUCACAAGCAGUCUCUUUUAUCAACAGACGUACGUACAAAAUUGUUGUGACACACGUUUUAAUGGUGUUUAUUUAAUGUUUGAUUCUUUUUGGGAAGUUUAUUAUGAAUUAUUAACAAUUCUAAAUGGUAAACACAAAACAAAAUUAUUUAAAAAUAGAUCAUGAUGUAUAAAAUUAUUAUGUUUAUACUUAAAAACCUUCUUAUGAUAUUAUAAAAAAAAUUAAAUUGUGAAGAAACACCAACAUUGCAUCUUGUGAUACCUCACAAACAGUUUUUGAUUAAUUUAUUGAGUAUUACCAACGAUAAUAAUCAAAUGAUAUCAUCUUCAAAAAAAGUACAUUGGAAAACAAUUGGAAGAUUAUUGCAUUGUUGAUGACGUUCAUUACAUAGCAAUUAUGUUGCAUGGAAAUCUGAAAAGUUUUAAUCCUACGCCACAAAGAAAAAUAUCAAACAGAAGCAUUAUUAGCAAUCGAACAUGAUAAAUAUCAACAACUUGAACAAUAACAAUUAUCGUCGAAGAAUAAUAAUAAAAUGAAACAAAUUUAACAAAAGAAGAAAACACAAUAAUGAACAUCAUGAGACGAUAUAUUUCAUUCAUCAACACCAUAAGAUGAAUUACAAGAUGAUAAAGAAAUAAAAACUGAGUUUGACAGAUAUAUUGAAGAUGGAAAAAAAUAGACAAAGAUAUGAAUGUUUCAAUAUAUUGAAAUACUAAUAAAUCAUUAUAUUCUACAUUGGCUACAGUUGCUCAACGUGUGCUAUCUAUUCCUGCAACUAAUACAUGUGCAGAACGUAUUUUUUUGGACAGUGAAAAUACAAUAAAAAGUUGUCGUAGACGUUUCGAAAUAAGUAAAGUAAAUCAAUUAUUAUUUAUGCAUCGAAAUCUAUCAACAUUACGAGAAUUAUUUCCACCAUCAGUUGAACAAAUAAAAAUAGAAAAAAUAGUUGCACUUCAACAACACCAAUGA